UGUUCCUCCACCUCUAGCAUUUGAGGAAAAGAUUUUCUUCAAUCUAUAAAAAAUUGUAUUUUGUUGCUGUGUUAAAUCAAUAUAGCAGGCAAGUGCAUGCUGAGCUUGAUUUAAGUGCAAUUACUGCGAUCAAAUCCACCACUGGAUGGAUUAAUAAAAACGACGCAGGCAAAAGGUAAUAAAAAUUAAAUUAAACAAAAAUGACCCAAUAUCUGCCGCCAAACCUAUUGGCGUUAUUCGCCGCACGCGAUCCCAUACCGUUUAUGCCACCGGUGGACAAGUUGCCACAUGAAAAGAAAUCACGCGGCUACUUAGGCGUCGCCAAAUUUAUGAGCGACUUCGAAGACCCCAAAGACACACCGCUGCCUAAAACGGUGGAGACGCGUCAGGAGCGAUUGGAACGGCGGCGACGCGAGAAAGCCGAACAGGUGGCCUACAAACUGGAACGUGAGAUUGCUCUGUGGGAUCCAACAGAAAUAAAGAACGCCACAGUGGAUCCAUUUCGUACGCUGUUCAUAGCGCGCAUCAAUUAUGACACCUCCGAGUCAAAGCUGCGGCGUGAAUUCGAGUUCUACGGCCCGAUCAAGAAGAUUGUGCUCAUCCAUGACCAGGACUCAGGUAAACCCAAGGGAUAUGCUUUCAUUGAGUACGAGCACGAGCGUGACAUGCAUGCGGCGUAUAAACACGCCGAUGGUAAGAAGAUUGACAGCAAGCGUGUCCUAGUGGACGUGGAACGCGCUCGCACCGUCAAGGGUUGGCUGCCGCGACGACUGGGAGGCGGCCUUGGUGGCACAAGACGCGGUGGCAACGAUGUCAACAUUAAGCACUCUGGUCGCGAGGACAAUGAACGUGAGCGUGAACGCUAUCGUUUGGAGCGUGAACGCGAGGAUCGCGAAGGCGGCGCACGCAGUGGAGGCGGCGGCAGCAAUGGCCUUGAUUCGCGCAGCGGACGCUCCGCCUAUGGCACAUCAUCGGGUGGAGCGUUGGGCGGCGGUGAAAGGCGUCGCUCGCGCUCUCGUGAUCGCCGGGAUCGUGAUCGUGAGCGUGGUGGUCGUGGUGGCGUUGGACGCUCACGCAGUCGUUCGCGAGAGCGACGAAAACGUCGCGCCGGCAGUCGAGAGCGUGAUUAUGACGAUUUCGAUGGACGACGCGAUCGGCGUGAUCGAGAUCGUGAUCGUGAGCGGGAGCGUGAAAAGAAAAAGAAGCGUUCCAAGUCACGGGAACGCGAAUCAUCGCGUGAGCGUCGCGAUCGCAAGCGUGAGCGUCGUGAUCGUGAGCGCAGCGGUGCUGAACGCAGCGGCGGCGGCGAUCGUGAUGUUAAGGAGCGCAAACCCGAUUUCCGUGAUAUGGAUAUGAUUAAGAUCAAAGAGGAACCCAUAGAUGAUGGUUAUCCCACAUACUCCAUGAACGACUAUCAAAACACGGCCAUCAAGCGUGAGUUGGACGAUGAGAACGAGGAGAAGUAUCGACCACCGCCACCGUCGGGUGCACAUCACAACAUGUUCAGUGUGCCCCCACCCCCGAUACUUGCACGCAGCAAUAGCAACAGCAAUAACAACAACUCUGAUAAUGGCAACUCUCAAAAUGCCGGCGGCGAUCAGACAUGGUGGCGUCAAUAAAUGGAUAAAUUUGUCGGCGAUGCACAUUUGGCUGGCUGGCUGGUAAUCGAUAACGAUAAUAAUUUUUCAGAGCAUAACAAUUCUACUGCAUAGGUAAUAAUUAACUAUUAGAGCUGCGUAACGAUCGUAACCGGGGGCAACCAACGAUUGUUUUUAAAAAUAUUUAUUCAAAUUGUAAUUCAUAGCGAAUCAGACGACGGCAUUUUCGGAAACUCAAAACACACACGUAAGGCAAUGCGUAAGCUAUUAAAUGCUGUAAGUUCGAUUUCCAAAAACAAAAACUGAGGAGCGCUUUUUUCAAAUUUUUUUCUUAACUUGUAUAAUGCAUAUACAAACAAAAAAAACGUAAAACACAAAAACAUAACAAGACACAAACAACAGCAACAAGAAAAUAAUUGUGCAUAGCUUAAAAUAC